AUCGAAUACAAUCAACAUCCAGAGGAUCGAACUCCGUCAACGGCUUUUAAUCUAACCUAAAACUUUUUUGUUUACGAUUUUUCCUAUUUAAUAGCAAGGUUUUCAAAAUCAUUUUUCAUUCAAUGUAUGAACCAUACUACGUAUUUUUUUUUCUUUUAAUACAUGAAGACGACAAACAUAAUGAGUAAAUUGAAAAAACAAAAAUCGCAGCCACCAAAAAUAGUCAUUCACCAAGAUGUAAAGUUAAGCCAGUGGAACAACUUAAACAACACUUUUAAACAGCCAGAAAGUAAGAAAAGAAAACACCCCUUGAUAUUUUUUCAUGAUGGAGAAGAAGAACUGGUUGCAAUCGAUCCAUGUGAUGAUAAGGUUGAGAAAAUUUUGCAAAGUUUAUCUAAAACAGAUUCUGGAAUAAGUAAAGAUGAUAAUGUCACACAGAACGGGGCUCAGAGAUCAUCCAGAAGUGAGCAAACAGAUGUAGGGGUACAAUGUAAACUUACGUUUGUACAAAAACACGUAGGAAGUCAGUGCUGUGCAGUGAAAAGGAAGGAUGCAGCAGUGCAAAGUAACUUUGUGACAGAAAAAGUAGAUGCCCAGAUUCAGAGUUGCCUUACAGUGGAACAAAAAAAUGCACAGUCACAAUGUGAGUGUCAGCCUCUGGCACAAGAACAUGAUUUGUUACAUUUGGUGAAACAAUGCUCAGAGACUCCUUUAGGCAAAGGUAAGGAUCUCGACCAAUUAAUCAGGCUAUGUAAAAAAAUUAAGAAGAAACCUCCAGCUGAAUUGAGGAACAAAGAAGAAGAAGAGGCAGUAAGUUCUAACAGAACAGACAGGGUACUCAGAAAUAUGAGGAAGGCAAAAACUGACCCGGAAAACAAAAAGCCUAUAAAGAAACGAAAGGUGGAGGAAGAUGUAUUUAAGAUACCUUUCCCGCCCAGAACAAGUGCCAUACCAAGUCGCAGAUUCUCACUUGCAGUUUCAAAUGAAGCUAAGGCAAGGACGAGUUUUCUGGAAUUUCAAUCUCUCACAUUUCGGGAACGCAAAACCAGGCGGCUGUAUUCACCUACGACUUGGGAAACAUCAAAGGAAUAUACAGAAAAUUUAGUGGAGGUUCCUACUCCGAGGAGAUUAUUCACAUAGCAUAGCGAACUAAUAUGUAUGUAAAUAAUUAUUUAAGAUUUUGAAGUGCGCUGUAUACAAGUUAAUGACUUUAUUAUUAAGAGAAUUUAGAAACAUGCAUAAAGGCGGACAUUCACGGUAUCACGGUCGCUGCAAAUUAUGGUUUUCGGAUGUUACAUGACAUUACGCAAAAACCAUGUCAUUCAUUUCCGUCGGUCUGUAUAAUUUGGCUUUUAAAAAUUGAUCCAGGAGCGGACAAGCUAUGGGCAAAAAAUGCACACACUCCAAUUUUUGACGUUUCAGAAAAGUUUUUCGAGGGGUUGAAAAUUAGUGUUGUAGGGGGCAAGUGGAGAGGUUAGUCGCUAAUUGUAUAGGCCUGCUUGACCGACGUGGUCCAUUUGAUUUUCUUUAUAUAAAUACGUAGUUAACUUUUUUCUCUGAGAGCCUGUCUUGCGUCGAACUUAAUCAUUUUGAAAAUAAUGACAGCGUUGCGUGGGUCAACAUACUUGAAGCCUUUUUUUUCAGGUGCUUGAAUAUUCAAUCAGACAAUAAAUUGUGCUGAACAAUUCAGAUCUCUACAUUCAUGAAAUGAUAUUGGUUAUGGCUGCGAAACAACAUAAUAUUAUGAAAAUUGUUUCCGAAGCUAUCUGAAUCAAUCCAAAUUAAGUUAUACUAUAUUAUAUAUAAAUUAUACCAAAUUUUCAUAUCGAUAGAUCACACGUAGUGACCCCUGACCUCAAAUACGUGUUUUUUUUAAAUACUUUUACGGGUAAUCUACUCAAAAAAAUUUGAAAAAAUUGUUAUAUCCUACAUAAGCACCUUGAUUUUUUGUAGAUUUGUGAAACGUAUAAGUUCGACAAAAAUUUGUUUGACAAAAAACGCAUAAAUACAAUGGGUUGCAAAGUUACAACCAAAAGCGUCAAAAAUGAAAGAUAAUCAGGGAAAAUGAGGUUGACCUAUCUUCCCAAUUUUUCGAGAAAUGAAAAAUCUGAUUGUGGAACCUUCAAAAACGCACAAAAAUACGUACAUAUUAUGUUGAAUUUUCUACUUAGCCAGCUUAUAAUACCCGCCGUUUAAAAUGACAGCAAUUGCAAAAAGUAGAUUUUUGAGGAUUUUCCCGGCAAAACUAAUGAUUUUGUUAGUGGAUCUGAAAUAACGCAGGUAUAUAGUGGAUUUUUAAGUUUGUGAAAUUUUCAUUUCCUAACCAAGAAUUCUAAAAAUAAUUUCAAUUUUUUAUAACAAUACCUAUACAUUGCACAAAACUUGAAAAAUCACGGUUAUGUAGCGAUGUUAAUUUUUUCAAAAAAAUUUAAGCAAAAUCGCGCCCGUAAGAAAUUAUCUCAGAAAAAACGUUGUUGAGGUUGAUGCUUCUAGCGGGACCUAUUGAUCUGAAAAUUUGGAUUGAUUGGGAGCAAUUUUCAUAUAUAGUUAAGCCUAUAUUCUUAGGUAUAAAGGGGCGAUCGUGAAGGGGGAGCUUUAACAGCAUUACAAAUCGUGUUUUUGAAUAUCAAAGGAGUGUUUUAGAAUCCAUGGAAUGUAUAUUAGGCGAUAUUAACACCUCGACAAUUGCGUAAGUGUUUUAUACUUUUUAUAAAAUGGAUGUAAAUUGUAAUAUUUCAUGUACUGUUUUUUAUUGAAAGGUUUUUAUAAUACAUCAUUUAUAUCUUUAAUAAAGUUUGUAAAAGCACAUAUAUUUAUAAAACCAGUUCAAAUGAUUAAAAUAUUGAAAAGCAGUCGCGUGUACUUUUUGUUGCUAAAUAAGGUACCUGCAUUACAUUAGUCAGCCAGGAGUUGAUGGUGGCCAUGUCGCACGUUUUUUCGUUUUAUUCUCCAAAUCCAACAGAAAAAGAUGUUAUUUCAUAUGACAUACAAAGAAAAAAAAAUAAGAAAGAACCAUGUUGCCAUUUCCGUCGGUUUAUCUACAACCUUUGGAUGCUCCAAUAUCAUAGUACAGUGCUACCCGCUUAUAAUGGACUCGGCGGGACUGUGACAAAUAGUCUAUUAUAGGCGGAUGACCAUCUUAAAAGAAUGACUUUUUUUAAUGAAAAAACCAGCAGAAAUAACAUAUGAAAAGCUUAAAAUGUAUUUGUUUACUAUGUAU